CCAUCACUUUAUCCAAAUUCCAAAAUCUUCAUUGUCUUCGGAUUACAGAGAGAGAAAACAGAGAGGCAGAGAUGAGAAUGGUGUGUGCUUCAUCGUCUUCCUCAAUUCUUGCCAUAACAACCAUGACUACUAGAACUUCUCUCAUAAUCACAAACCCAUUAGUUACUUCACCUUCUAAUUCAUUACCAGUUCAUCAUCAUAUCAAUCAUGUUAAAAGAAAACCAUUACAAUAAUGUCGAUAUCUCCAAAGACUAUCCUUUAAAACUAAUAACAGUAGUCAAUCAUUAUCCAUGGCAAGGAAAAAUCUCUCUCAAUGCUCUUCUGACAAUGUAGUAGUAGUAGUAGAAGAAGCUGAUAAUAGUAACAAUGAAGUGGAAGAAGUAAUAUCACAGUCUACAUUGAUAUGGAGAGCAAUCAAAUUACCUAUUUAUUCUGUAGCUUUAGUUCCUCUAACUGUAGGAAGUGCAGCUGCUUAUUUACAAGCUGGGUUAUUUUCUUUGAGGCGGUAUUUUGUGCUUUUAUCUUCCUCGGUUCUUAUCAUAACAUGGCUGAAUUUGAGCAACGAUGUUCACGAUUUUGAUACUGGAGCAGAUAAGAACAAGAAAGAAUCUGUAGUAAACAUUGUUGGAAGUCGUACAGGAACCCUUAUGGCUGCAUACACAUUGCUUGCUCUGGGAUUUAUGGGGCUUACAUGGGCAUAUGUUGAAGCUGGAGAUGUACGCUCGAUAUAUUUAUUAACUUGUUCCAUUAUGUUGGGCUACAUUUAUCAGUGUCCGCCAUUUAGACUGAGCUAUCGAGGACUGGGAGAGCCUUUAUGCUUUGCAGCUUUUGGCCCAUUUGCUACUACCGCCUUCUACUUGAUGCACAGCAGCCAAAGUGUUAUACAGCGUCUUCCAAUAAAUGGGACAAUUUUAUCUGCAUCACUUCUUGUUGGCCUCACAACAACCUUAAUUCUCUUUUGUAGUCACUUUCAUCAGGUGGAUGAAGACGAAGCAGUUAUGAAGAUGUCUCCUCUGGUUCGUAUUGGCACUAAAGCUGGUUCACAUCUCGUUAAAGUGGCAAUUCUUACACUAUAUACAUUAUUGUUUGCUUUUGGUUUCUUGUGCACUGACUUUGCCCAUAGCCAAAUUGGUUGUCAGUUACGUUGAAGAAAAUUACUCCGAUAAGAGCAAGAUAUUCAUGGCCAAGUAUUUUUGUGUGAGGUUACAUGCCAUGUUUGGAGCUGCAUUAUCUGUUGGAUUAGUAAUGGCAAAAUCAUAUAUACAGAGACCAAUUCUCCCUUGAUUUUCACUUGGCAACAUAAUAUCUGAAGCAUGGACGAAGCAAAGAACAGUCAGAAAAUAAGAUGGACUUAGAUCAUUAGAUUCAAACUUUUCACCAUUAAGUUCUUGGUUUCAUUAUCGUGGAGUAAUAUAAUAUAGAAAAGUCGGUUACAUUAUCCAAUUAUUGUCCAGAUAAUUGUGCUACAGGAAGUUCUCAAUGUAAGUUCACCUCAGAUGAA